AUUCAUCAACAAAUCAAAUUAAUCAUAAUGGUAAACCCAGGUCCAGCCCCAGAAAUCCAAAAAUACCUUAGCCGUUCAGGUGCAGACUUAGAGUCAACUUCAGAUGCCGUUGACGCGGUAAACGAAAUAAAGGGCAAGGUGGCGAAGGGAGAGGAAGUAGCGUUCGACGCUGUCACCAACUUUGAUAACGAGAAGGACAAAAACCAGUUUAGGAAGUACGAAGAAGCUUGUGACAGAGUCAAGAACUUCUACCGUGAACAACACGAAAAGCAAACGGUUGAAUACAACGUUAAAGCUCGUGUUAACUUCAAGUCCAAGACUAGAGCAAGAAUGGGUGUUUGGGAGGCUAUUGAGAUGCUCAACACACUCGUCGAUGAGUCCGAUCCAGACACUUCUGUCUCUCAGAUCGACCAUCUUCUUCAAUCUGCAGAAGCAAUCAGACGUGAUGGAAAGCCAGAAUGGAUGCAAGUUGCAGGUUUAGUUCACGAUCUUGGUAAAUUACUUUACUUCUUCGGUGCUGAAGGUCAAUGGGAUGUAGUCGGUGAUACUUUCGUCGUUGGUUGCGGCUUCCCAGACGCGAUCGUCUAUCCAGACACAUUCAAAGGUAACCCAGACAGCCAAAAUCCAGAGUACAACACAGAGUAUGGUAUCUAUACUCCACAUUGUGGUUUGGAAAAUCUCAUGUUGUCAUGGGGACAUGAUGAAUACCUUUACUUGAUUUUCAAGAACCAGUCGAAGCUUCCACAAAGUGCUCUCAACAUGAUCAGAUACCACUCCUUCUACCCAUGGCACAGAGAAGGUGCAUACCGCCAAUUCAUGGUUGAAGAAGACUACGCAGCUCUUAAGGAUGUCCUCGCAUUCAACCCAUACGAUCUCUAUUCAAAAUCUGAUGACUUACCAAAAGUUGAGGAGUUAAAGCCAUAUUACAUGGGUCUCAUCAACAAAUACUUCCCAGACGAAAUAGAAUGGUAAAGCUAAAACUUUAGCAUUCAAUAAGCCCAUUGUAACACUAUCAUAUCUCCAAGACAUUCUCAUCUUGUGUUUUUAUACGAUUUAUAAACGAAACUGC